AUGGACGACAUACCUACAUUCGAGGAAAUAAAAAAGUUUAAAGUUGUCGAGCUUAAGGCUCGUUUGUCAUCGCUUGGACUACAUACUUCAGGUAAAGUGGAAGAUAAUCCAUUUAAAUUUGUUAUUUUUUAAUCUUAUGUGACUUUUGAGGCUUUUAGUGAGCGUAAUCGGUCUGCAUCUUUCCCAGCCAGAUGGAAUGUUUGAUCGCUAUCCACGUGCAUUUCUAGAGCUAAAAUACGAUUUGAUGGUUUCUUCUUCCUAUGAUUUGAAUUUUAGGCUUGAAAGCUGAACUAGUUGCAAGGCUCCAGAGUUAUUUUGAGUCGGUAAGCUUGAACAUGCAACUAGCUAUUCAUAAUAGUUUACUUAUCCACGUACUAAAUGUAUGCAAUUAGUUUUUAGCUUGAGCUCAUGUUAGUAGAAAGUGUCAUCUUCAUCUACAUUUACAUCCACAUUUAUUAAGUUGGUAAAAUCUGUACAGACAUCUCACCAACUAUUAUUAUGCAAAGAUAUAAAUUAUAUACAAUACUCGGAUAAAAUUUUCCUCUUCAUCUUCACGUAAAACCGAGCUUGAAGACGUAGAUUUUAUUUGUCGUGUUCUAGAAUAUCUGAUAAUAAAAAGUUUGCUGUGAAGGACCUAAAUUCACGAAGUACAUUACCCCUAAAAUAUUGCAAGAAAUGUUCUUGUGAGAUUUUAGAUGUCACACAAUCUGGUCAUUUUGUACCAAAAUCUGUUUGUUCCCAGUUGAUCUGAUGGUCUGAGCAUUUGUUCAGUGCAGUUGUAAUGGCAAGCAAUUUGGUGUAAUAAGCACUUGAAAAUUUUUUGAAGACUACAAAUUGUACUCCCCCUACAGACUUGUCCAAUUUUGUUGUCUUUGAAAAAUUUACUCAUGCUUGUUAACACCAUAUUUCACAUGAAAUAAUGUUGUUACCCAUCAAAUAGUUUUGAUUGUAUUUUCUUUGUUUUCAGCUGCCACCUCCCCAAGCACCUCCAGCUGAAGAAAGCAGUGAUCAUGAAGGUCUGUUUUGGAUUGGUAACUUUUGAAAAGUAUCAUCAGUGUUGAAAAUUUGUUCAGUCUAAACUCAUGCUUUUGUUGUAUUUAUAGCUGAGCCUGAAAUUUCCACCCAAGAAGUGAUUCCCCCUGAACAUACAGUUACUCACAGUGAAGAAAAAGAUAUCAAACAUGUGAUAAUACCAAUUACAGAUAGUGACCAGGGGAUGUAUCCGUCUGAUUCUGAACAUUAUCCUGUAAUCAUAAAGACAGAGGAUGAUCGCAUACCAGGAUCAGAUGUUCCUUUAGAGGAGAAAAUUUCCUUUGAACCCAAGGCUGUCGAAGAUGAUCAUCUACCAGCCCAACAAGGACAUCAAAGUCAAAACAUGCUUGAAACGGAAGAAGAAGCAUUAGAACAACAGAGUAUCCCAGAAAGGGAUCUUGAAGGGAACAAUCAGGAUCAGGAAAAUUCACAUUCCCUUGAGGAAAUCACAAAUAAAAGCUUGCUUGAACCAGAGAUUAUUCAUGAACAAAUUCAAGGUGACCAAAUGCGAGAAGAAGAGGAAAUGCCAAUUGAGCAAAUUCAAGAAGAAACUGCAGACAUUCCUGUACCUGACCAGAAUCAAAUUGCAUCAGAAAACGCUGCACUUUCAAGAGGAUUUGUGCAAGAAUCUGCUCAAGGCAAUGCCCAAGAGCAACAUGCUGAGUUAUAUACACCAGAGGAGCAAAAUAUUCCACAAUCACAUCCCAAUACUGAUGGGCUCCAGCAAGAAUCUUACGAAGAUAAUACUCUCAUGACUUCAGAUUCUCGUGAACCAUGGGUGAUGGUAGAUUAUCCCCUUGCAGAGGAACAUGACAGUAUUGUUAAUCAUGAUGAUAAUGAACCUCCACAGACUCAGCAAGACAUGGAGCAUAAUAGCUUUGAACCAGAAACUGCCGAAGAAGAAAAUGACUAUCAGGAUUAUGUUGAUGAUCAGAGGAUUGAUACUGAGGACAUUGAAGAUGAACAACCAGAACAACGCACAGAGGUAUGUAUUGCUUUUUUGCACCGAAGAAAGCAUAGUUAAAUUGAGUUGAAAAUCCAUAAUAUUUUAAGUUGGCAAGCACCUAUACUAGAGCAUGUACAGCUGUAAAACACAUACACACACAAACACAAGAAAAAACAAUGAUAAAACAUAAAACUUCAAGUACCUGGUAAGUUACGUACUAUAUGUCUAAAGUUAAGGUAUAUUCAGGGUGUGAAAUUGUGCCUUAUACAGAUGCCAAUGCGACUAAAUUUUUCACUUUAGCAACCAAAUCCUUAAAAGCAGUUGCCAAAUUGGUGACAGGAAUGCUUCGUCAUAACCAUACCUAGAAAUAUAGUGAAUUAACAAGAUUUGCAAAGAUAAAUCUAUGGCAAACUUCCUCGUUAAGUUUUUCCAAAACGUGGCAAAUGUAUCUUGAUCGAUAACUAGACACCAUCUUGGAUUUAGGUGAGCUUGAAUGUUGUAUAUCAUCCAUCCUAGUAUCUUCUUUGUAGAACUCUGUAGAACUUAAUUUUGGAGGGUCUCUCUAGAUCACUUACAGCUUAAAAAAAAGGUUUUGUUUGUCUUUAAAAAUGGCGACCAACUUUUUUUGAAUUGGCUACCACUUUGAAAAAUUUAGGAGCCAAGUGGCUAUUAGAAAAAAAAUUAAUUUCACAGCCGGAUAUUAAGGUGGGUGCUGACACUUAAGAAGCAUUCUUUUUCAUGUACCUAAGCACUGUUUUCUUAUUCCAUUUCUUAGAGCAAAGAUAAGAAAAAGAGGAAAAAGAAGAAGAAGAAAAAGAAGAAGGUUGAGGUGUGUACAAAAAUUUUAUUGACUGUAAAGCUACAAAGUGUUUAAGCUAUAAAUGGCACUGUGUGUCAUGUAAACUUGAAAAAGAUACCACUAGACUUAUCUCUGUCGGUUCUUUCUUGUUUGUGCUGCCUAAACCCUUUAACUCCCAUGAGUGACCAAGUCAGAAUUUCUCCUUACAAUAUUAGUACAAUAUCAAGCAGACAAGUGACAAGAAAAAAGAAAAAUAUCAAUUAGGUGAUUAUUAGUUGAUCCAGUACUAAAUUCUCCAAACUAAUAUCAAAAGAACUGUGUGGUAGACAGUAAGGAGAAUUACUAAUGACAUUGCAGGAGUGAAAGGGUUUAUUAAAAACAACCUCAAAAUCAACAAGCCCAGAAUGAAGUUGCAUUUAGAGUUUAUACGUGAGGCAUACCAUAGUGUCUUGUUUAAAAGAUGACAAAAGAUAAAAGAAAGAUAUGGACAUCAUCACCACAGCAUCACUUCCAGCUCAUUCUGAGCUAAAAAGCUUUGUCUUAAAAGUUUUCAGUAUGAGUCUCAAAUUUUCUGUUUGUUGAGCUGAUUCCACACAUUUUACUGUGUAUAGUUUGUCCAGGAGGUGCAACGUGGCACAGAGGAAGAAAAGGAAAAUGUUGAGAUUGAGUAUGUCACUGAAUCCAUCAGUCCACUGGACCCAAACUACAGAGCAUUUGCCAAGAUUUUUGAGGCUUUCAAGGUAUCUCUUUGUGUUAAUCUGUUAAAUACAGUAUAUGAAAAUUGAUCAGGAGAUUUAAUACAAUAAGUUAUUUUACCUGUAAUAUCAAUUUUCAAGCUAGAAAGGAGAGGAAGGAAAUAAAUGAAUGAAAGAGGGUAUUGUCUGAUUUAUCUCUGCAUUUUUUGGACCAAAGUAUACAAAGAAGUGAUAUUAAGAUCUUUGGAGUGAAGUAGGUAAAAAUAUGCUUUUUUUUUUUCCAUGAAAAUAGUUUCACAAGGCUCUAAAAAGCAUGAAGCAUGCACAGGAAGCAUGCAAGGAAAUUCUACUGACCCUGGUUUAUCUUCAAUUUUUUUUUUGCUCAGUUAAGUCACACAAUCUAAUUUGUUUUUACCUUUUUUUAAGUUAUCAGAUCCUGCUAAAAGUGAUGCAGCAGAGAAAAAGACUGAUGAAAAGGAAGAAGCAGUAAGUAAAAUUUUUGGUCUCAAAAUAUCUGAAAAAAGGUUGUAUACUUAUGUCUAUGGAAUGGUUUUCUUUGUCUAUUGCAGGUGGAGGCAAAGAAGAGUGAAGUGAAAGAUCUCACUAAAGAUGACGAUGAUGAUGAUGACGACGAUGAUGAAGAUGUGGUGGUGAGGAUAAGUUAUGAAUACUAACAACUAGAAGUGUUAAUCUACCAGGAAUUUUACUGCAAAUGCUGCCAUCUGAUCGGCUGCAUUACACACCAUUUACUCUGUGAUUCUGAGCAGUUUUAAGCCAAAAAACAAAAAAAUGAAAUUAAGGUGCUCUUUUGUUGUUAAGUUUUGAACUGCCAGUAGAUUUAUAUGAAAGCCUCUGGAUUUGCUCUUGAUUUUUAUACUUUCAAGCCCUUGUCAACUUUAUGGAAUUUAGAUUUAAAUUAUAAAUCUAGUCAUCAAUUGAUGAGAUGUCCAUCCUGAAAAUAUUACUAAAAAGCUUUGAUUGAUGUUUGUAGCAGGGGAGUAACCUCUCCAUCAUCAGUUUCUGUGAUUAGAGGGCCUGAUCUUCAUCCAUUUUGGUAGUUGACAGGGGGAGGUGUGGGAGAGCACCCUGACUAUAUUCUAAUCAGAAUCUCUCUUUACCAUAGUUGAAGUAAUAUGCAUACUGCGAAAUUCUAACACAUUGCCACUACAUGUAUAUUAAACAUGUUUUUGUUUGGUCUGUGGUUUUCACUGUAUGGGAUUUCAGUAGUAUUUGUUUGAUGUGUUUUUUUAUAAGUGUUCAAAAUACAUACAUAUACUUUAAAUACAUUUGUUCUAUAGUGAGGUUUUGUGUAUUUUUGUUACUUUGCAGAAAAAACCUGAAGACGAACAGCCAAAGCUGUCUAAGAAAAAACUUCGAAAGAUGAACAGAUUAAGUGUGGCUGAAUUAAAACAGGUUUGUUUUGUUAAAAUACAAUUUUUUGUGGAAGUUAAAACUGGGUUUGUUAAGGUGGUGACAAAAAAAUUUGUCUGUGUAUGCAAGAGUCCAUUCUCCAAACUUCCACUCUGCUUAAGAAUUGUUUUAUGGUUUGUUUCCUUUUCAGCUGGUCCCCAGACCUGAUGUGGUUGAAAUGCAUGAUGUUACUGCACAGGAUCCUAAAUUUCUUGUCUUCCUGAAGGUAACUACAUGUAGAUAUUGUUGCUUUUGAUACAAAUCUAACUAGUAAUUAACAGUUUUUUUCUGCUGUGUGUACAUUUGGACCAGAACAGGUACAGGUAGCAUUAAAACAAAAUUUGUUUGAAUUUGCCUCUGUGACUUGACAUAACAUUACUGGAACUGUUUCUUUGAGUUAAGUACCUUCCCACAUUUUGCUGUUUGCUGUGCAUUCAUUGUUGCUCAGUGAAAGUUUUCAUUUAUGGGAAAAGUAUAUUAAGCUGGCAUUUCUCAUUCCUACAAGAACAGAUCUUUCAAUUGAGCUUGUAGAUUACAUUGUCGGCACAUUACCUUUGCAUUGUGCCAGUGCAUAGUUAGGUUAUCCACAAACCUAAAGCUGUUAUAGUAUUCUAUGCAUAAUUUGUGCACACUCCAUAUAUAGACGUUAUUAGGCAAAAAAUUUCACUUCACAGGUAAGUUUUUAUAUAUGAAAAUGGCUAAUGCAUGGGUUGUUUGUUUUGCAAAUUUUGUCCAAGGUAGCUCAUUUGAUUAUUACUCAUCCAUAUGUCACUGAAGUCAUACUCUUUAUCUAACAGGCAGAUUCUUAUUCCUUGGUUGUUCAGUGUUGUUAAUCACUUGUAUGAUUGCAGACCUUACCUACAUGUACUCAACUUGUUCCUUUUAGCAUUGGUUCAAUAUUUCUGAACUAUUUUGGUUUUCAGUCUUGCCGUAACACUGUGCCUGUUCCCAGACAUUGGUGUUUCAAAAGAAAAUAUCUUCAGGUGAGAAAUUGAUAUUCAUGUUGUUAGUAAAUUGCAAAAAAAAGUUUGUCCAGAGACACUUCUAAUUUUCUGAACAUUGCUACUCCUAUGUUCAGUGUUUGUGUUACUGGGAGAAUGAUUAGAAGGUAUCUCUACUUGCAGGACAAGAGAAAAGAAUUCUCAAUUAUUCCUGCAACUUACAAUGCCUUUAUAUGCAAACUAUUUGAGAUAUGGAUAUAGGAUGUAAUUUUUGAACAACAUUACAGCUAUUAACAAGGAAAAAUCUUAAAUGCUAUAACAACUUUUUGAAGCCUCGAGGUUAGUGAUCAUGUGAUGUCAUUUUUGAAAUUGUGUAAUUUUUUUUAUUCAAAGCUGGAACCCUUAAGAACUUGUUCAUGUAACUUGAAAAAAUUGGUGAAAAAGUGCCAUUCAAAUGUAUCACAACAAAUUUACUAGGUAAAUGUAAUAGGGGCUGUUCAAAACUGUUCUUACAUGUGACUUUUAACACUGGUGCUCUCGAUCUUUUUGCCUUUGGCUAGUGCUAAAUAAAAUCUUGAUUUUGCAAUACAUUUAUUGCUGAUAGAAACUGUCAAAACAGGGAAUUUCCAUUUCAGAUUUUAUCUGAUAUUCUUGUUUUUACUUAACACUUCAUUCAUUUUUUCCAAGGGUAAAAGAGGUAUCGUGAAGCCACCAUUUGAGUUGCCAGAGUUUAUAAAGGUUUGUGCUGGGCAACCCUACAAUUUUUACCACCAAUUAUGUGCCUGUUUGUAAACGAAAGGCCAGUAAACAAACAUAUCAUUUGUUUUUGAUGAUAUGCAUGACUUGCUUUUGCAGAGAACUGGUAUUAUGGAGAUGAGAGAAGCUAUGCAGGAAAAGGUAAACUGUUUACUUUGUUUUUGCUAUUAAAAGCCUUAUGCCUCUUUUGGUAGAGUACUUCUCUCCUGACUAGCUGUCUUUCAACAAUUUUGGUUAGUAUUUACAAAUGAUUUUUAUGAGUCCUGUUGUCUUGAUUCGUCUUUUCAUUACAGGAAGAUCAGAAGACUAUGAAAGCAAAGAUGAGAGAGAAAGUAUGUCUCAUUUGUGUUGUAUUUUAUUUCAUUAUGUUGAUUUUGCAGACACUAAGGACUAUUGUGUUUAUAAUCUUGAUGUUUUGUUUCAUAAUGUUUUGUAGGUCAGACCAAAAAUGGGCAAGAUUGAUAUUGAUUAUCAAAAGCUUCAUGAUGCAUUCUUCAAGUGAGUUAAACAUGUUACUCUCUGGGUGCUAUAGACUAUGAGCAGUUCCUCCUUUUGGAAUGAAAAAAUAAUUAGAUUAAGGAGUGAGGGACAAUUAAAGUAUUCUUUUGUUCUUUCUUUGUUAACAAAAUCGUAAAACACAUUUUAACCCUUUAACUCCCAGAGUUGAUUAACAUGUCACUUCUCCCUAUAAUACUCAUGCAAUAUCCAGCAAACGGGUAGUGAGAAUACUCAAACUCAUCAGGUAGGAGAUAUUACCUUGAUUGAACACCAAAUUCUCAUAACCAAUUUACAAGAAAAAGUGUAGCAGCUGGAGGGGAGAAUUACCAAUCAGAUCUUGGGAGUUAAAAGGGUUAAACAAAGAUAUGCAAUAGAUAAUGUUUUCUAUUUUGAAUUGUUUCAGGUGGCAAACAAAACCAAAGAUGUUUAUCCACGGUGAACUUUACUAUGAAGUAAGUCUUGGUUGUUAUGUAUGUUCAUAUUGACAUAAUUAUUUGUGCAGUAAUUUAAAGAAAUGUACUCUUUCCAACCUAGUUUCUUCACUCACUCUCUCGCAAGAACUGGGAGACCUUGUCGCCUUAUGUGCGCUAGUUUCCUAUUGUCUUUGGGCCCUCCUAGAUUCCAACCCUCGGUCCAUUUUUGCCAGCGCAUUCGGAGUGGGGGCUGGAUCCUGUUGUCCAAAUCCAUUGUGACAUCGGACAAUGGAUUGAAAGGUCUGGGGUUGAGUCUUGGGUGGGUCAAUUUGUUGUGUUCUUCACCUUGGGCAAGUUACUUUACAGGGGUAUGUAUGAUGGUACAGGAAUAUGUUGUGAAAACUUGACGAGAUUCUAAGUGGUUACCCUGCGAGGGACUGGUAUCCCAUCUGGGGGAAGAAGCAAUACUGCUAGUUACCUCAUGCCCCCAAAGUGAGGAUAAGUUUUGGUGGGAUGGGCCUUCCCGCUUUUAACCUGAGAUUUCUUGUAUCCCCACAAAGGAUGAACACUAUUGAAAUUACUCAAAAGUGUUAACUUCUAUUAAAGGCGAUUUAGCAUCCUUUUAAGUGUCAUGUUAAGACGGUGUUGAGCUGAACAUUAUGUCUUCCAGGGUAAAGAGUUUGAAACAAGAUUGAAAGAAAAGAAGCCAGGAGACUUAUCAGAUGACUUAAGAACAGCCCUGGGUAUGCCAAUUGGCCCCAACAGUAAUUUAGUUCCACCGCCCUGGUUAAUCGCCAUGCAGAGGUACGGCCCUCCUCCUUCAUACCCCAACCUCAAGAUCCCUGGAUUGAAUGCACCCAUUCCUGAGGUAAGAUAAAACUUGAAUUUUUCCGUUCCAAGUUUAUGAACGAGACUGGUUGUUUCUAUUGAAGCCACAUUCCAAUUCACGUAUUUUUAUGGUUAGUGUGCUCAUUGCGAAAAGAAAAAUUCGCACCAGUUUUUUAAGGAACUGAAGAUCAGCAAUGUUUUCCAUACCUUGAAUUUGAAGUUUAGCCCUAUAAACCAUAACAGUGACAAGAUCCACAUUUCUCGCUACAAUAUCAUCCCUGAAUCACACGUUAAGGUCAUGAGAAUAAAGGAAAUGAUCACCAAGGAAAGAAGCUGUUGAUUGGUAAACCGAAUUCUCCUUGUCAACACCUCAGGAAAUGUAUAAAGAACAUUAUGGAAAAUAUGCAUACUGAUGUUAAGGGGUUAAGGUAAAGUGAUUACAGGGAGAGGUAACCUUUCUUCUGAUGAAAAUUCGACGGGAAGAACUGACUAAAAGAGAAAAUACUAUUGAAAGACCUUGAAUGAAACGUUUUUGGUCCCAGGGUGCCUCGUUUGGUUAUCACGCAGGAGGCUGGGGUAAGCCUCCAGUGGAUGAACAAGGGAAGCCUUUGUAUGGUGACGUGUUUGGUAUACAGUCGCACGAGGCUCCGAUGAUGGAAGAAGACGAGCAGAUUGAAAGUCAACCCUGGGGUGAAUUAGAAUCUGAGUCCGAGGAGGAGUCCGAAUCCGAGGUACGUUCAUUCGCCGGUUUGUGUUUUUGUUCGUGGGCAGGAAUUUAAUACACGAAAGCCGUAGAGGGGCGAUGGAACGUAUUGACUAAAGUAACAUGGUGUGUUUUGUCAAACAAGUUCCUAUUACAAUGGGCGAUCUUCUUAGCCAAAGGGAUUCAGCAAUAGGGAAUUUGAUUUGAUAUGAUAUCUGUUUUACAAAUAAGUAAGUCCCAAAGGUACAUGCUUUAAAAAACUAAGAAUGUGAAUCUGUGUUUUAGGAGGAAUCGGAGGAAGAAGAAGAUCAAACGGGUCUCAUAACACCGGCGGACACGUAAGUUGCCUAAAGUGGUUAAUUUCUCUUUACAAAUCACCUCUGAGUCAAACAUGAAGGUCACGAGAAUAGAGGAAGUGAUCACAAACAAAUUCUCCUUGUCAACACCUUAGGAAAUGUAUGGAAAAAAGUAGGGAGAAUAUGCAUACUGAUGUUAGAGUGAAAGGCGUUGAGACGCUUGGGUCCCACAGACAAUAUAUAAGGGGGGGAGAAAGGAAGAAUUAAGCUGCUCUAACUGUCUUGUCUGGUUUCUCGUGCAGUGGUUUGAUCACACCUAGCGGUCUGACCUCUAUACCAGCUGGCAUGGAGACACCGGACAUGAUUGAACUGCGAAAGAGGAAGAACAUCGAGGAGGCGAUGGAGAGUGGUGCUGAACAACAGCCACUGUAUACAGUACUGCCUGAAAAGAGAGUCAACGUGGGCGCCGCCAUGAUGGGAUCCGCGCAUGUGUACGACGUGGCAUCGGUAAGUCUCACCAAAGGAUUUAGUAACUAAAGAUAAAAGAUAUGAAACGCCACUAGAAUGGGACGAAAAAAAAUCUGACCUUUGGCGUUUCGGAUCCCUUCCAGAUAGUUUCCAAACUGAUAUUAAUUUUAUUAAAGGAAUUUUCAACUGAGGGUCGAAAGUAAUCAGAGUGUUUUUCCGGUGUUGCUUUACUUCGCCAUGUCAUUGUGAUUGGUCCACAAAACUUGCGCCUUCCCAACCAAUCAGAUUCAAAACUAAAAUCAACCGCGACUUGGUCACUCGCAGACACUGUAGUAUCGCAGAGACUUCCGAAUACUCACCUCUAGCGACAAAAAUUGAUAUAUUUCUGCUGGAAGACUCAAAUGUUUUUUUUCUUCCUCUUCUUUUGCAGGCUGCCGCAGGAGGUCCCAGAAAAGUAAGUUGGAUUAGCCUUCAAUGGCAAAUUUAUGCUUCCAAAACCUUCAAUCAGUUUUCGUUGCUGUAUUUUAUUUGCGCGUAUUUUGGUCUUGAAAUUUGCCUAGGAACUAAUUUAUGUCUUAACUUUUCCAGGCUGGUGCACCUCUCACCGAAGGCGUCGAGGUAGCACUGGACCCGAGUGAGUUGGAGUUAGAUCCAGCUGCCAUGCAGGCCAGGUAAGUUUCUAUUGUUGUUGAAGAAGCAUAAUUUGAUACUUUCAUUCCCUAGAUCUAAGAGCUGUUUCUCCCUAUUGGUGUCGGCAUACUUCUUUGUUGGCCUGUGCAAAGAAUUUGGUUAUAUAUUAACGCCAUAUCUCAACACAUCAAUUGGCCGUAUCAUUUCUCGCUUUGGGAGUAACUGUCAUAGAAACGCACACAACAAGAUGCGUGUUUUCCAGUGGAACAAAAACGUACCCUUUUGUUUUCCUUUCAGAGCCAGUUUGUAUUGAACGCACCAAGUCUUCUUCUUGUUGUCUCUUAAGUUGUGCUUAAAUUUUCUCUUUGUUGGUGUAUUUUAGAUACGAAGAACAACUCAAAGAAAGAGAGAGUCAACUGCAGAAAGAGGAUCUGAGUGACAUGGUUGCAGAGCACGCCGCCAAACAGAAGGUACCGUGCCUAGAAAAUAGAAACGAAUUCUUACUAUCACACUCACUGACUCUAAUGCGAUGCUCUUUGGUCGCAUAGCAAGUAAAAUGACACUGAAACACUCUGCUGCUCCAUAACUUCCUUUGGUGGAGAGGAUGAGAGUACAUGUGUGAUCAUCUUGUGUCUCACGGGAUCUAUAUUCGAUAAUCACUUCACCCUCACGAAAUCUCCGCUGAAUCACUCACUAAGGUCACAGGAAUAAGGAAAUGAUCACCAUCCAAAAAAGCUCUACAUCGUUAAAUAAAUUUCUUCAUGUACGCUUUUUAGGAAAUUCAUGGAGGACGGUAUGGAGUAUAUGCAUACCGAUGUUGGACAUAGCAAACAAGCGCCGACUCAAGAAGUUGAUUAAUUGAUCUUUCGCUCACUAACGGAAAUGAAGUGUCAAAAGUAAUCAGAUGUAUGUUUUUUGCUUUUUUCUGCGUUGCGAUUGGUAUAGAAAACUCCAUCUAUCCUCCAAACCAAUGAGAUAUAAAACCAAAGCUAAUUGCGACGUGCUCGCUCGCUUUUCCCGCGCUCUUUCACUUCUGCGAUCUCUCAAUGGCCCCUUGUGACUUUUUUAUGUCGUUACUUGCUACCCAAGGUAAGUUUACGUUGUAAGUGGAAAUAAUUCUUUUUCUUCAUUCGCAGAAACGUAAGAAGGCCACAGACAGCGGGAAAUCCGCGAAGAAAUACAAAGAAUUUAAGUUCUGAGAAUACGUCUUUCCAAAGACAUUGCUUCUCUUUUAUCUGUACAGUAAUAGUAAACACACCAAACUUGUGGUUUCAGACCUUUAUUGCCCUUACUUUUUUAAGUCUUAUUUAGUGGUUACAAACACG